AUGUCCGAAUUUCCUCUGCUCCGUCUCCCUGCCCUGGCUCUGAAUGAGGUGCUGAAAGCGUACAGUCUUCGUGAGAAAAUAAUGGUCUCCUUGUGCUCCAAAAGAACCACUCGCCACAUUACUCAAUCCCUGUACACCUCGGAAAAGGUGAAUCUUGUCUUGGAUCUUCGGCAGGGAUCAGUUCAUUUGUCCUCUCAAUAUGAUCGAUUCGACAUCGACAUUCAUAUCAAUAGUCCUCAUAAUUUGGAAAGUUACAAUGUUGAGCGGUCAUUUUCAAUUGCUGACCAUUCAGUGCCAACAGUUUUCGAGGGAACUCUGGACCGUUAUAGAAUGAUAACAUUUUGGAAUAGUCUUCCAGAAGGUCUUCGUUUCAUCGCUGCCCAUUUAUCUCGAGUCUUUAAAUGCCAGAUUGAUAAUGUCACCUCGUCACUCAGUAAUGCUCUUUUUCAAAACACUUUAAGUGGACUUAUCGAUGAAAACCUUGAAAUAAAGAAGUUGAAAAUCAAAGGCGAGAAUUUGGAUGAAGAAUGGCUGAACGAAAUUUUGAAGAACCUUAAAGUGACCGAAGAGCUUACCAUCUCGACAAUACUCAAUCAAAAUUUCAAACCUGAGUUCGGUUUCUGGCCCGAACGACUGAGAAUUCGUCAUUCGCAAUGGUUCACUAAAGAUAUUCUUGUGACUUCGACUUCUGAAGGCAUCAUACUUGAAAAUUCAUUCAUGGACGAUAGAGUAGUGGUAAAAAUCCUUGAAGACUGGAAGACUGGAAGACUUGCAAAUCUGAAGUGCCUGAUAAUCAAUAGUUCCAACUUCGGAGUGCAAAGCACCAUCGUGAAUGCUGUCGGAAUUCAGUCAGAUAGCGGAGUGAAGGCAAGUAUCAAAUUGAUUGAAAAUCAGUUUCAGAUGGUUGUCUAUGAUUGA